UAAUCGGUAUGGUAGGCAGACACAGGAUGUAGCUGUCUACGCAACUGUUCCUCAACAAUUUUAUUUAUUUAUUUAACUAUUUAUUUCUGAACAACAGUGAUUAUUUUUAGUGAUUAGUGAUAUUUCGGUGACUAUUUUCGCGGAUUUUCGCGAAAAUGAUGUUUAACAAUUGCGGAGUGGCAACAUGUAAAUCCACCGACUCAGGGUUUGGAGUUUUUGAGCAAAGUUUAAGGGAUAGAGAUUCUCCCUCUUUCGAUAGAAAAGUUCUUCAUAAGGGUUGUUGUGGUACCUUGCAUGGUAAUAGUGUCAGGAGAUGUUUAUGGGUGGGCGUAGGAUUACUCUCAGAUCCCAUUCUACAGAGACUACAGGAUCAAGAUCUGGAGAGAGCUUAUCACUGCCAAGAAGAUCUUCAUCAGCGGUAACACAACGGCUCUACACUUUGUCCACCAAGGCACAGUCUGCAAAAACUCGAACUCCAGAAGAACUGAAGGAAUUUGAGAAGAAAGCUCUAGCUGCUGGGAAGAAGGGUGCUUAUACUGGAUCUAAGUCAACCUCUAGUCUUCCUCGCAGGAUUAAACUGAGCCCUGCUGAUGCUCUCCUCACAGAGAUUCAGCAGUUGGACAAAGUGGAAGAUAGCCAGGAUAGGAAAAAGAUCAGUAUCGUUAGCUUUCUUGACAAUGAUACCCACUCAAGACGUCGUAGCCUCAUCCAUGGUAUAUCUCAUGAUACCUUGGAUAGAGAUAAUGCAGACCCAGAUGAUGAUGAAGAUGAUGAUUCCAAUCUGAACAAGAAGCUCUCCAUCAGCAGCCAGAGUAGCACAGGUUCUGAUCUAGAGCCACAACUGGCAAGGAAUCAGUUCAGGAAUGAACACAAGAUUCUGACUAAAACAAAGGCCAGCAGGCGAAACUCACCCUCCCCAGUGAUCAAACAGCCUCGCAGCAAUGCUGAGAACAAGAUUGAUGGAACCAGUCAGUCAAAGACUCCUGUCUAUCGAUCCUCUUCAACUGCACCCAUUCAACAUGUAAAGCAAGAAGCUCGGAGGGCAAGGUCUUCUGGAUCUAAUACUGCCCCUAUUGUGUAUGGAGUGAGAACACCGCUCUCUGGGCGGGGAAUAGGAUCUGGGUUGAAUUCUCCUUCCCCAGGAGUAGGGUUUGGAUCUACAGUUUCAAGAUUUGAAAGAGGAUCUGGAGAGAAAAUUGGCAGUGCCAAAAACAGAGAGAAAACACCAGUUGUUCGUUCAAUGUCAAAGGAUAAUGUAACUACAUUACAGAUAGGAGGUGUCACAAAAAAGAAUAGUUCUCCUGAUACCAGCGCAAAGAGUGAAUCAAAGACUGAAAUGAAAGGAAGCUCAGGAAGUACUAACAUAGUGGAUCAAGUUGGCAGAAACAAUACUAACAAUAUAGCCAAAGUUGAUCUAGAUGGAACGACUUCAAUAGUUGUAAAUAUAUCUGAACAGGAUGAUAAAUCUCCUACUCCUGUCAAGAAAGCCUCUAGAGGGCGAUCAGUUUCCAUAGAAAUCCGAAAGUCAUCCAAUGGAAGUACAGGUUUCAAUACUGUAAAGAAGACACCUACAACAAAGCCCACUCAAGAAUCGCAAGCAAUAGAAGCCACUGCCUCCAUAGAAAACAUGAAAUCAGUAAACAGUAAAUCUGACACUGGAAAUACUUACAAAGAAAGAAUUGUAGGAAAGAAAAAGAAAUCGUCAACAUCUAGUAAGGACAUGCCUGCAUCAGGAAAUGCAACUAAGGAAGCUAAGAUUGAGAGAGGAAAUUCCAAAUCUCUUAGUCUUAUCAGCACAAUAAUACCCACACAAUCUGAAAAAAUAAAUCCAGGUAGCAUUGGUAAACCCAAAGUUGUACAGUCAAAAGUCACUUCAGUAGUUAGUGAGCAAAGAAAUUCCAACAUUGACAUGGAGUUAAAGCCUCUUAUUGGUACCAGCUCUCCUCAAGAUGGUAUUGAACAUACAACGGAAGAGAGCCAGAAGAAUGACACUGCAGACACUGCAACAGAAAACAACAAGAGCAAGGCAUCCACACAGAUCAAAAAGAGCAGUACUAUCACAGAAAAAAAGAAAAGCAAUGCUGCUGUAGAGAGCAAACCACUUAAGUCAUCAGCCGAGACCAAUAAGAGCAAUGUCAUUGCAGAAAGCAAGAAGAAUAAAGCUGACAUAGAAAGUAAGAAGAGCAAUACCAGAACAGUCAGCAAGAAGAGCAAUGUAGAAAAUAAUGACAAACCUACUGUAGCUGAAAGCAAUAAAUGUAUUGUUAAACUUGAUGAAUACAAGAAAAUUCCUCUGUUGAACUGUAGCAAGAACCCUGUGGAUUUAAUUGAAAAUAAAGGUCAAGAUUUAGUAAAUAUGUCAGACAACAAUCAAGAAUCUGAUGGCAUUAAGAGCAAAGAUGAACCCAAGAUUAACCAGGCAUUUGAUGGAUCCCAAAAGAAGCAAAUGAUUAAAGCUGAGGAAGAUAUUGGCGAUAAAAAUGAGAUUAAUGUUGUAAUCAGUGAUAUAUCUAGUGAGAAUUCCAGUGAAGUAUCGGAAAGAGAGGAGGAUAUAACCGGAGAGGAGGUUGACACCUCCUGGGUGUAUCAGCCUUCAGCCUCUGAUAAAAUGGGCUCAGGGUCUCCCCAGGAGGUUGAUAUCCCUCUUGAGAUUGUCAAGGGUAGCAUCAAGGAUGCUUGGGACAUGUUUGCUGCUAUGGAUCAGAAACUAAGGGGAGGAAGAUACAAGGAUCUGGGGUUAUCUAAUGAUCAGGUAGGGGGAUAUAAACUAGGAAGGGACAAGUUGAUCCAGUGUGUUGUGCAAAUAGUCCAGGCUUUUGAUUGUUAG